CUGAGUUAGAAUGCAGCACCUUUGGACAGCAAAGUGUUAACAAAGAAGUUUCGAAUACAGCGUUUUGCGUGUUUCCUGCCACUCGGUGUGAAUCCAGUCAACGCUUGAGACCUGUCUCUUUGCUCGGCCCCUUCGGAAAGUUACUUUUAUGAUUGGAUUUGGGUCAAAAGGAAGUUAUUGGAGCUAGUUCCGCCUUGCUUUUUCCCUGUGAUGGACAGCAGCGACAAGUGUCAAAAGUAAUCAGGGCUCAACCAGAUACAGACAAACCGCGUCUCCUGUCUUCCGGAUACAUUGCCACACACGUUAACCGGUUUCUAGAAAAGGAGUGCUGAAAUCACUUUGCUGCCAAGUUGUACAGCUGGAACCAGAAGUCACAGCUCAACUGCAAGCACACUGUUUCCGGGGAAGAUUUUAUUGAUCAAUGAUCUUCAGUACAAAAACUGCUGACUGCUGAGUUUUGGACACUGUGAUGGAAAAUCCUGAUGAUGAGGUUGACCUCCAACGAAGCACAACAGGGAGUGAAGAAGGAAACUCUGGUGGGGGAACACCUCCAACCAAACGCAAAGGCAAGUUCUCCAAAAUGGGGAGGAUCUUCAAGCCCUGGAAAUGGAGAAAGAAGAAACCAAGUGAGAAGUUUGCUGAGACAUCUAUAGCUUUGGAAAGAAAGAUUUCAGUUAGGAAAAGUCGCCAAGAAUUGAUUGCAAGAGGGGUUCUAAAGGACAUCCCAGAGAAUGAGAGUAACGACGUGAACCAUUCCAAAGCUCCAAUGAAAAAUGGGCAUCCUAUGCCAAUGGAUGUAGACAGGGUGUCGGAAGCAGGGGUGCGAGUGUCUCGAGGGGAGUCUGACACCAAGGUGAAUUCCCUCAGGCCACCCCAGGGAGAUGAACGUCGAAACAGGGCACCAUCUGAUGCUUCCCGAAGUAACCGGGCACCUUUGGACGUGGACUCUCAUGCACGGCUCUCUGUGGAUGUGGACAAACGAAGCCGCCUGCCAUCAGAUAUUGAUAAAAGAGGAGGCUCUUUACCUCGAGGACCUCCACAAGAAGAUAGGUACCGCAGAGAAGAAAGAAGAGAUGGCAAAGAUGACAGGGAGGACAGAGGAAGGAAGGACAGGGAAGACCUGGAAAGAAGAGACUGGCGAGAUGAAAGGGAACGGGAUGGGGGAGCUGACCGGAGAGAGGACAGAGACUUUAGAGAAAGACGAGAAUGGAGAGAUGACAGGGAGAGGAGAGAUGAAAGGACUGACAGAGACAAUAGGGAAAGGAGAGAUCGGGAUGAGAGGGAACGGAGAGAUCGAGAUGAGAGGGAAAGGAGGGAUCGAGAUGAGAGGGAACGGAGAGAUCGAGAUGAGAGGGAAAGGAGGGAUCGAGAUGAGAGGGAAAGGAGGGAUCGGGAUGAGAGAGAACGGAGGGAUCGGGAUGAGCGGGAAAGGAGGGAUCGGGAUGAGCGGGAACGGAGGGAUCGUGAUGAUAGAGAAAAGAAUGAUCCUGACGAGAGAGAGCGCAGAGAUCGUGAUGACAGAGAACGGAGAGAUCGGGAUGAGAGGGAAAGAAGGGAGCGUGAUGAAAGAGAAAGGAGAGACGACAGGGACAGGAGAGACGAUAGAGAUCGGUGGCAUGAGAGAGAGAGGAAAGACAACAGGGAUGACAGAAAAGAUGACAGAGAGAGAGAAGACAGGGAGAGGAAAGAUGUUCGAGCAGAAAGAGAUGAUCGAGAUAGGAGAGAUGACAGGGACAGACGAGAAGACAGAGAGAGGAGAGAGGACAGAGACAAAUUUGAUGACUGGGCCAAGAGAAAUGAAAGAGAGCGACGAGAUGAGUGGGAGAAGAAGGAAGAGAAGGAGAGGAGAGAGAGGCCGGGGCUUCAGCGUUCUGGGGAUGAUUCACGGCCUGCAAUCAGGCCUGUCUCUGAGAUGGACUUGCGGCCUCCUCUACAGAAAAGCUCCUCGGAGGAGAACAAGAAGGCUCGACCUGCCUCCGAGGCUGACCGACGGACUACGCUGCCCAGAUAUAGUCCAGCUACAGAGUUCAGAGAUCGUUCUGAGUCUGCUGGUGUCCGCUUCGCCCCUGACCCUCACCCAACAAAAGACUCACAGCAGGAACCUCCCCCACCCAAACAAGCUUUGCUCCCUCCCAAAUUCCUCACUGGUGCUUCCACUGAGUCAGGCAGGAGUCCAACCCCCUCCUCUUCUUCAUCCUCAUCCUCUUCUGCCUCCUCCUCCUCCUCGUCCUCUGCUGCUGUAGCUAUAGCCAAGCCGCCGAGGACAGUCUCCCUAAUAGUAGACGAUCCUCCUCGGCUCUCCCCUGCUGCUGCCUCCUCAGCUGACUCCGACACGCCACCUCCUGUCCCUCCCCAUGCCAAGCAGCCACCUGUUCCUCCACCCAAACCCGCUAACCGCAACAGCAACCCUGCACUGCUUGCUUCCUCAUUGAACAGGGGCUCUAAGGUCAGGCAGCCUUGUUAUUGGACCGGCUGGAGACGCCAGAGUGAGCUCGGCCUCUACCUUUCUCUACCUGUGUAUCUGCGCCACAGAGCUGGCCAGACCUGCUCAGCAGAGCUUUCGCAGCCUGGCAGUGGUAUCAUUGUAGUCCCAGCACCUGCUAAGCGUUCUCCACCAACCCCACCAAAGAGGAUGACCCCUGUCACCAAGCGUCAUACUGUGGACCCGUCCCCUCCCAGUCAAGUCCCAGAGUCUCCCAGCACUGACCCUCCAGCUGCCCCUGUACUGGCGCCCCCUGCUGUCUCUAAAGGGGAUAACAGUGAGGACAGGACAAAUGCAGCAGUCCCUCAGGCCUCCACUGAGCCUUUGCCGCCCUCCCACAUACCUCCAUCUCCUCCCAGGGUUCAGUCGCUGCAGCCGCCCAGCACCACUUCUUCUGUAUCUGUGCCCACCGUGCAAACUGAUCCCCCCAGCCCAACCACCGAGCCUCCCAGCCAACCGCCCGCCAUCCCUCUACACAUCCUCAUCCAGAGAGCCCUGGCCAGCCCUGGCCCAGCUCAGCCCAACCUAGAUGGCUCCCAGAGGGCCCACUCACUACUGUUUGAGUCUCCUCCAGACUUCCUCACAGAGGCGGGGGGAAACCCACGGCGUUCUCUUCCUAUCACCAUCGAACCUCUCAGACUGCCAGAAGACGAUGACUUUGACAUGGAGGAAGAGAUGAGGAAGCUUCAGCCUCCGAGGCCUCCCCGGCAGCCUGAACUGGAGCCUCGCAGCAGGAGAGGUUUGAUAGGAGAUCCCAGAGUGAGCGUCAUCCCUGAGGGUGGAGGCCCCGGGGACAGCGAAGAGGAGUCCGACUCCGACGGCCCCAUCCUGUACAGAGAUGACGAUGAUGACGAAGAAGUCCCUUCAAGUGGGCUGGCGAGCCGUGUGAAGAGGAAGGACACAUUGGCCCUGAAGCUGGAGAGACAGGAAAGACAAGAGAGAGAAGAGAGGGAGGCUCAGGGGAACCACGACGGCAUGAGCUGGCACAACAAAGAGCAGUGGGAGGCAAUGAGGAACAGGAUCGGCACCACGCUCACGAGGCGGCUGAGUCAGAGACCGACAGCAGAGGAGCUCGAGCAGAGGAACAUUCUUCAAGCCAAGAACGAAGCGGACCGACGACUAGAGAGAUGCGAGAUCAAACGGAGGCUAACCAGAAAGCUAUCUCAAAGACCCACAGUGGCUGAACUCCAGGCCAGGAAGAUCCUGCGUUUCCAUGAGUACGUUGAGUGCACGCACGCCCACGACUACGACCGGCGAGCAGACAAACCGUGGACCAAGCUCACUCCUGCUGACAAGGCUGCCAUCCGCAAGGAGUUAAAUGAAUUCAAGAGUUCAGAGAUGGAGGUUCACGAAGACAGCAGGAUCUAUACCCGGUUCCAUCGGCCUUAGGUGUCCAUGUUGACCAGUAGAGCACUUAAACUGGGAGGAACCGGGAGGCACAUCCUCCAGCCUGCCCACAGCGAACCGAACACGUGGCCCCUUUUGGUCCAUUUUCACUCUCUGCCUGCUAACCUGCUCUAACUGAAGACAGAGCUGACAAAUGGAACCAAAAACAAACGGAGUCACAGAUCAGUUCACCUCUAGUUCUCAAAUCAUGGAGUUCAAGACAGAAGGAGUUUGUUGAUGCAUCCAUGGUGAAGGUGCCCGGUGCCAACGAUAAAAGGGUUACCCCCACCCCUGGGUGGGGGUGCUGAAAGACUUGGAAGGAGGGUUAUCACACUAUCUCCUUUAGAGGAAACCACUCUCUAAUGCCUUUACCUGCCUUUAUGUGUAUAUAUAUAUAUAUAUAUAUAUAUAUAUAUAUAUAUAUAUAUAUAUAUAUAUAUAUAUAUAUAUAUAUAUAUAUAUAUAUAUAUAUAUAUAUAUAUAUAUAUACUCCCUUCCUUGCAGAACAGAAAGACUAUGCAUGUAAAGAUCUUUGCAGUUCAUAUCAGCACUGUUGACGAUACACUAAUCCAGUUCAAACACUGUGUAUAUGCAUAUACCCAAAGGUGCCCUACAGCACCUGCCUUACUCCUCACAGGAACUAACACGUGUACCUAAUUUAAGGCUCAGAGUAAAUGUGAAAGACUUAUUUAACACCCAGUUGUAGCUUUACUUGAAUCAGCUGAACUCAGAGCACUGAUUCCAAACCCUUAGAUCCUAAAGUGUGCAUUUUACUGUAUUCUGUUGAUCAUUUAGAUGAUUCUCAUGGAGCACAUAUGACUAGAUUAUUUUCUCAUAAGGCACCUUAUGUUCCUUAAUUGGAUGCAUAGAAAAUUGAAAAGUGUUGAGCCUCUAAUUCUGUGUUUAUAAUUGAGUUAUUCAAACCAGGAAAAUGUACAUAUUUUUAUUUUCCUGGACAUUUUAUGGUACUUUAUAUAUGCAGGUCUGCGAUUGUAUAGAUCAGUUAUGUAGAUUUAAUUGACUUUAUAAUGUAAACUACUGACAUGUAAUGCUGACAUGUUUUAAUUGUAAAGUAUUUCUCAAAUAUUAUUUCCCAAUAGUAAUGGUACAGAAUAUUUUUUUGAUACAGAGAGAUUUAAACUGUUUUUGCAAACACACUGAAUAACUGAACAAUCCACUCAGAAAUUAAAAUACAAUGUGAUUUUCA